AUGAAAACAUGGUUGCUGGUGUCGUCGCUUUGUCUUUCGACUUUCAUUGCCGCAUUGGAGCAGACCAUCAUCUCGACCGCCGCUGAGUCCAUCUCACGCUCCCUCCACACCAGCGAACUGGAAUUCACCUGGAUUGGAACUGCUUAUCUUCUGCCCGCUGCUGCUUCGACACCACCAUGGGGGAAGUUGAGCGACAUCUUUGGCCGCAAGCCUGUCCUCAUGAUCAGCAUCAUCGUCUUCUUUAUCGGAUCAUUGAUCGGCGCGCUAGCGACCAACAUCGACAUGCUCAUCGCGGGUCGCGUCAUUCAAGGCACCGGUGGCGGUGGUAUCCUGGGUCUCUCUGCCACCGUCAUCGGCGACGUCUUCAGCCCUCGUGAGCGAAGCAAAUACUUUGGCGUGCUGGGCGUGACUUGGGGCGUGGCCUGCGGUCUGGGUCCGAUCGUUGGCGGUGCAUUCUGCCAAUUCGUGAGCUGGCGCUGGUGCUUCUGGAUCAACUUACCGGUUGCUGGCGUGGCGGGCGUCCUUGUCUUCUUCUUCCUGGAAGUCCACACCCCGCGCACUCCCAUCCUCGAAGGCCUCCUCGCAAUGGACUGGUUGGGCACAAUCACCAUCGUGGGAGGAACCGUCAUGUUUCUCCUAGGGCUCGGCUACGGCGGCGCCACCUACCCCUGGAAUUCAGCCACGGUGAUCUGCCUGAUUGUGUUCGGCAUUGUGACAAUUGUCGUUUACGCGCUGAUCGAAUGGAAAGUCGCAAAGUACCCCAUCACACCGCUGCGUCUGUUCAAGUCUACCUCCAACCUCGCCACCUUCGGUAUUGCCUACAUCCACGGUCUCGCCUACAUCGCAGACCUCUACUACCUCCCGCUAUACUUCCAGAUCGUCCUCGGCGCCACCCCCAUCCUCUCCGGCGUCUACCUCCUCCCAGUAGCAGUGACACUCUGCGUCGCGUCCACCCUAACAGGAGUCUACAUCAGCCACACCGGCCGCUACCGCCCGCCCAUCUAUUUCGGCCUGGUGAUGAUGAUCCUCGGCCACGGGCUGUACAUCAACCUGCAACCCUACCCGAGCUGGCCACGAAUCAUCAUCUUCCAGAUCAUCGCGGGCCUCGGCCUCGGCCCGCUCUUCCAAGCGCCCAUCAUCGCCAUCUUCUCCCUCACCAAGCCCGCCGACAUCGCGAGCGCCGCAGCGACGGUCUUCUUCGCCCGCGACAUCGCAACCGCCAUGUCGAUCGUCUUCGGCGGCGUGAUCUUCCAGAACCGCAUCCGCGCGUACAAGCGCGACAUCGAGGGUGUCGUGUCGCCCGCGUUGACGGAGCUCAUCACGUCGGGCGGUGCGACGACGGCGUCCGGCCAGAUCCGCGCAUUGCCGGAUGCGGCCCGCAGUCUGGUUAGGGAUCGCUACAACACGGCGCUGCAGAGUGAAUGGAUCUUCUAUACUGCUCUCUCUGGGGCAGCGUUGCUGCUGAGCGUGUUUAUCAGCAAGCAGGUCCUUUCGAGGGACCACAAGAUGAAUAAGACGGGUCUCGAUGUGCAGGAGUCGAGUCGGCUGGAAGAGCUGGAAAAGGAGAAGAAGACGUCACCGGAUGAUUCGGUGUAA